AUGGCGGAGAAGGCCAAAGAGGAGUUUUCAGACCUUGACAAGAUGCUCGGGCUUAAUAAGCUUCUAGAUGACCCGAUCACAGACGAGGUCGGCAAGGAGUUUAAGGUGACUAUGGACGAUACGCACGAGAACUAUGCCGACAUGGCGGAGAAGGCCAAAGAGGAGCUUGAGGACAAGUCCGAGGGAUCUCAUCGGCUCGGACGUCCCUGGACCAAGAAGAAGUUUGACAAAGCUGCGGAAUUGACGGAGUAG